AUGGUGUGGGCAAUGCCGCCAGAAGCAGUAUCGGCUGCCACUCAGCGGGCAAGCGGGCGCGUCGCACAGUGCCCUGUGACUCAUGUCAAUCAGCGAUCUCACUGCAAGCGUCGACUUUUGCAAGCGCCCUAGUUUCCUUAUAUGGUUUGUAUUUUAAACAUUUGCGUGGAGGUCGCCCGCCGCCGCGCGACACGCAGUGCACCAAGCGACGCUGUCCGCGCGACAUGUUCUCGUACGAACCGCCCGCCAAGCUCAAGCUCACCUCCGUGGAAGAGUUCCAGGAGGCAUUCCAGCUGUUCGACUCGCGUGGCGAUGGCAAAAUACACGUGGCGCAGAUCGGGGACGCCCUGCGCGCGCUGGGGCAAAACCCUACUGAGUCGGAUGUCAAGAAGUGCACACUUCACCUGAAGCCUGAUGAGAGGAUCUCUUUUGAAGUGUUCCUGCCGAUAUACCAGGCGAUAUCGAAGGCCCGCAGCGGAGACACGGCCAACGACUUCAUUGAAGGGUUGCGACACUUUGACAAGGACGGCAACGGCUUCAUCUCCUCGGCCGAGCUACGCCACCUGCUGUCCACCCUGGGGGAGAAACUCAGUGAUGACGAGGUGGAGCAGCUGCUGCAGGGGCAGGAGGACUCGCAGGGCAACAUCAACUACGAGAACUUCGUGCACCUCAUCAUGCAGGGCUAGCCGCGCGCGCCGACUAGCAUUCACGAACCGAGCACCCGUCGGAGGGAACUGUGGUGCACAUAGUUGUAAGGGUAUUAAGUGUAACAAACGAUUCUCUAAAAUUUCCAUUUUUUAUUAUUAUUAUUCUAAUUAUUAAAAUAUAAGUGCAUAUUCCAGAGUUUAACAUAUUUUUAAGAAGUCUUAAUAUAGUCAAUUAGUUGUAUGUAUAUGUAUUGUACAAAGACAUGUUAUCGAUGACUUGAAAUAAACAUGGAUGUAAUGGUGA